AUAAAGUAGCUUGCCAGAUCCUAAAGCAAAGCUGUCCCUUAGGCAUAGACUGAACAACUCUGACGAGGAGCAAAUUAAAGGUGUUGAUGGACCCACAACACUGAUUUUCCAAAGUUUAAAUCUUUGAGGAGUUGCAGUGAUUUCACUAACAGACUUUUAAAGGUGGGAUGGGUCUCUGGAGAAAGAUUUCCAUUCCCUUUGUAGGAUUGGUCUUGGCCGUUUAUUUGUAUUCAGCAUGGGAGGAUUUUAAACCCGAGAUGCUGAGGGGAAAGCGAGUGAUCAUCACUGGCGCCAGCAGUGGAAUUGGAGAGCAGAUGGCUUAUCACCUGGCACAGAUGGGAGCCCACAUUCUGGUCACAGCCCGGACAGAAGCCAAGCUUCAGAAAGUAGUCACCCGGUGCCUGGAGCUGGGCGCAGCCUCCGCGCAGUACGUGAGCGGCAGCAUGGAGGAAGAGGCAUUUGCCACGCAUCUGGUGGAAGAGGCUGAAGGGAUGCUGGGAGGCCUCGACAUGCUGAUCCUCAACCACAUCGGCAACUCGUACUUCAACUAUUUUGAUGGGGACGUGGAGCACAUGCAGCAGCUUCUGAGGAUUAACUUUCUCAGCUACAUCGCCAUGACAGUCUCAGCGUUGCCCAGGCUGAAAGACAGCAGGGGCAGCAUCGUGGUGGUUUCAUCCAUGGCAGGUAAAAUUGGGUUUCCAUUUACCGCUCCCUACUCUGCCACAAAGUUUGCCCUGGAUGGGUUUUUCAGCUUCUUGCGGCAAGAAUUAAUCCUUCAGAGCAUUGACGUUUCCAUCACACUCUGUAUCCUCGGCUUCGUUGAUACAGAAAGUGCCGUCACGGCAGUUGCAGAUGUGGUACUGGUGACCCCGGCUCUGAAGGAGGAGUGUGCGCUGGAAAUCAUCAAGGGGGGAGCUCUCCGCCAACGGGAAGUGUACUACAAAUACGCCGCCACCAGAAUCCCCCUCCUCAUCCGGGACUGGGCUCCGGAGUUCCUGGACUAUCUGAUCAGAAGAAGCUACAAUGUGGAGAACCUAAAGAAAAAUUAGUCUCAGUUCCCCAGAGUCCUUCCGUUCCUACCUGGAGGAGCUAAGGAUGCAGGAGCGUAGGUGCAGGGCUUUGGGCUGUAACCUGGGACAAGGGGGUGCCAUGUGGGAGGGAGUGGAGUGCCAGGUGCAGGCUCUGGCCGGGACACAUUUACCUUAGGCACCUCCCCUUCAGAGGCCCUCUGAAGGCUCCCUGACGGCCAGCCCCUGUAUGCCGCUCAAAGCAGCUGGCUGCAGGAGCCAUGUGCUCUCUGGGUGCCACAUACUGGGGAGCAGAGAGCUUUGCAUGCUGCCCUCAGCCCCAGCACAAUCUCGCAGCUCCCAUUGGUCAGAAACUGGCCCAUGGGAGCUGCCUGGGCCAUGCUUGUGGCCCAGGCAGCACACGGAGGCCCUUCCUUGGGGUGUGCAAUGCACAAGAGCUUUGAGCGGCAUCCAGGGACAAUGGCAUGCAGAGAGCCUGCUUGAGGGUCCCGCUGGGCCAUGGGAUGGCAGUGGGAUAGAUGCAUUUGUUUGGCAAGCUAGAUCUGGCCCGCAGGCUGUAUUUUGCCUGCCCCAGCCAUAUCCCCAGACCCAGUGUUCCCUGUAAGCCAUGCACUUGUGUGGCCACUCAGGGGAGAUUCCAAUGCUGAUGAUUCGCAGAGUGCCCACAGUUAGGUUCUUUGUUUCUGCUGGUGGUGCACAGUCACACAUGCCUCGGUGCACUUAAAUAUUUAUUCUGCACAUGGAUGGCAAAGUUUAGAGGACACAUUGUCCAAACCCUGCUUUUAACUGCAACAUAACUUGUGCGGCUCCCAGCUUUGCCUUUGGGGUGGGGAAUUUGUUUAUAAAUAAAGGUAGCAAAAGGGUUGUCAUUCAAGUAAUUGCAGGAUCGUUAGAUGAUCAUGAAAAUAUUGCCAGGUACUCUACUUAAAAGACAGGAACCAAAGGGUAGGAGUAAAUGGUGGUGUGCCAGAGGUCUGUAUUGGGACCAGUGCUCUUCAGAAGUGAUCUUGAAAAGGGGGUAAACGAAGAGGUGGCAACAUUUGCAGCUGAUUCAAAAUGACUCAAAAUAGUUAAGUCCAAAGCUGACUGCAAAGAGUUACAAAGGGAUCUCUUAAAACUGGGUGAUUGGGCAACACAAGGGCAGGUGGAAUUCAAUGUUGAUAAAUGCCAAGUAAUGCACAGGGGGAAAUAUAAUCCCAACCAUACAUGCAAAAUGAUGGGAUCUAAAUCAGCUGUUACCAUUCAAGAAAGGGAUCUUGGACUGAUUGUGAAUAGUUUCCUGAAAAAAAAUCCACUCAAUAUGCAGUGGGAGUCUAAAAAGCUAACAGAAUAUUGAGAAUCAUUAGGAAAGGGAUAGAUAAUAAGAAAGACUCUAUACAAUGUCAUGGCAUGCCACAUCUUGAAUACUGCAAACAGUGCUGGUCACCUGAUCUAAAAAAAGAAGGCUACAUUAGAUUGGGAAAAGGUACACAGAAGAGCAACAGAAAUGAUUAGGGGUAAGGAACAGCUUCCAUAUGAGGAGAGAUUUAAAAGAUUGGGACUUUUCAGCUUGAAGAAGAAAUGACUAAAGGGUGGAAGGAUAUGUUAGAUGUCUAGAAAAUGAUGAAUGGAGUGGAAAAAUAGAAUUAAGGAAAUUAUAUUUACUCCUUCACUAACAUAACACAAGAAGCUUCAGAGGGGUAGCCGGGUUAGUCUGUAACAGGAAAAACUUAAACAACAACAAG